UCCCUCGUAGCGUAUGUAUCGGGCGAUAAACUAAUCCAUGGACGUGUGAUUUGCACGAAUCAAAUUGAUGCAUUUCUCUUCUCGCUCCCUUUUCAGCCUUGUCUAAAAUGUCCUUCCUUUUCUGUCCAGCCAAUAACUGCAAGUUAUUAACUGGUAGCCAAAGUGUGAGGCUGCAUAUAGUAUACAUUACCUUCGUGCUUUCUCUUCAUAUGUAUAUUCCUCAGACUCCUACAUUGUCGUCGUUAUCGCAUCGUUAUUAAAAUCAUACAGGAUACAAUCUUUCGCCAUGGCAGACCCUUCAUAUGAACUCGAUCGUAUGAAUUAUGACUACUCUCACCACUCCCAAGACUCGUGUGAUACUUCAUCAUCACAGGCACUUCAAUACCCAUAUACUAUUCCGUCAUCUCGAGAAACUCACAUACCUAGAAUAACUCGCACCUCCCUUACUCGCAAGACCCGUGUCGUUUGUAUUUCCGAUACUCAUAAUGGUACCGCCAAUGGAUCGUUCAAACUCCCACAAGGCGAUGUCCUCAUUCAUGCAGGAGAUUUAACAAACCAAGGAAAUUAUUCAGAGCUAGAGAAAACCAUUAAAUGGAUUGAAGAUGCCAAUUUUGAAGCCAAAAUCAUUAUUGCAGGUAUGCAUGACACCAACUUACUAGGGACCCCUUCAUCACCCCAUAAAUAUUCUAUUUCCAUCCAUCUCAUUUAUUCCGAACCAGAAAAAAAUAACUACGAGUAAUCAUUAACCUUAUGCAAGGUAACCAUGAUAUAACACUCGAUCCAUCCUUCUACUCUCAAUAUGGACUUUACUUUCAUAAUCAAAAUCCACAGGACGUCAAAAAAUGUCAAGAAUUAUUGGAUCGUUCCCCCUCAAUUCUAUACCUUAAUCAUGAAGCGGCAGAAGUUUCUUUAGCAUCACCCACAGGCCCACACACCACGUUCCGCAUUUUCGGUUCUCCUUUUUCCCCAGCAAAAGGAAUGUGGGCAUUCGGCUAUCCACAACCGGAAGCAUCAGAGAGAUGGAAUGAUAUUCCACUAGAUGUUGAUAUAGUACUUACUCACACACCACCUAAAUAUCAUUGCGAUGAAAGAAAUGAUCGUGUAGCUGCCGGUUGUGAGUAUCUCCGUCAAGCAUUAUGGAGAAUUCGUCCACGAUUAGCGAUAUGUGGUCAUGUACACGAAGGAAGAGGUGCUGAGAUAAUACAAUGGGAUCUUGGAGCAUCGAAUAUUAAAUUCAAGGAAAAUGGUGUGAUUCGCUGGGAAGAUCCGGGUAAAGAUAAUAAGAAGAUGUCCCAUAUCGAGUUAACUUCGAAAGGAAGAGUAGGAGACAAUUCUUUCAAAAAUGAUGGAUCUUUUGGCGAUUGGGAGAAUAUGACUAGUGCAUCAAUUGCCAGUUCCAAUAACCUAACACCAACCGGAAGUGGUUUGCCCUUUUUACCUGAAAACAUCACAACCGAUCGAGAAAAAUGGCGCCGGAAGAAUCCAAUGGCUAAAAUGGCAAUGUCAAAUGUUGCAAAAAGUCUGCUCGCCAUACCGGAGGAAAUACUCUCACCAGCUCGAGGACAAGGUGGAAUACCACCAUCAUUACGUUGUGAUGUAGAAGCUCUAUCUGGACGGAUGGGACGACAGGAAACCUGUGUGGUUAAUGCGGCGAUGAUGGCUUCUAGUUGGCCUCAUGGCAAAGGAAGAGGAGGAAAGAAAUUCAAUAAACCAAUUGUGGUAGAUAUUGAUUUGCCUGUUUGGGAAGAGGUAGGAUCGUGAUGCUAGUAGAUGAGUUGUGAUAAUACCUAAGUAUACAUAGGUUUAUGAUUCUGUCUGUGGUGAGUGGAUGGCCUUUAUUAUACUUGUGUUCUUUUCUAUUCAUUAUUUACUAUAUUGAACUAUUCGUGUUAUGCUUCGGGGACUUGCUCAAAUAAUGUCGAUUAUUCCACCUAAUAUUCCCCCAUACGAUAUAUUUACCCUCCACUUUGGCCAUUCAUGUACAUUUUUAUUCUUCUCCCCAUUCAUUUUUUCUCUCCCUAAAGCUUCAAAACAGCAUGUUAUCCAAACACCACUCCAAAAUACUGUGUUGACAAAUAUCACACAGAUCCUCCACAUUGUCCCAUUCCCAUGCUCCAGCUAGAUCCAUAAUUUCAAAAGAGUGCUCGUUCAAGAGAUAUUCUCGGUAUCUGAUCUGGACUCGCCAUCCCCCACGAACGAACAUCUACAUAAAAUUAGACGAGCAAAUGUGAUUUGUCGUGUAUUCCGAGCUUCGAGCACUCUAUUCUCAGAUCCAAGAAGUCACACUCUCCCAGAUAUCUUAAAGUCUCCUCGACAGCCUCGAGGCACUUUCCAAAUUCAUCCCAGUUGCAGUUGAUUAGCGCGGGAAAGAUACGAAGUUCCUUCUCUUCGAUUUUAUUCAAAAUUUGAUGGAAAGUAUAAUCUUACCUUUCCGAUUUCUUUUGAUUCUGAUUCUGAUUUUGAUUGUGCAGAAGAGAUAUGUAAUACGUCAGGUAGCGCAGAAUCGUCGGGGUGAAAUAUAUGUGUAUUGAUUUAUAACGCUUACGAACUUCCAAGCAAGCAUCAUCAGGGAAAUCUAUUCGGUGAUUGAUUCAUUUCUUUGUAUUGGUGGUAGAACUCAAUGCAGGUCUUUUGUCGGUCUUGCAAUCUAUCCUACACUUCCAGUUUCUAAUCUCUAGCUCAUUUCUUCUGUAAUAAUUUUCUUCAUUGUUAUUUAUCUCAUCUUUUCUAUUUGUAUAAAGAUCAUUCAUUUAUGUAUAAUUAUUUUAUAACGAAAAGAAAAAUCUUUGAUGGGAGGGAAAUGUACAGAAGUAUCGGCAUAAGCA